AAGAUGUCCAACAACAUGGCCAAGAUUGCAGAUGCCAGGAAAACGGUUGAACAACUAAAAUUGGAGGUUAACAUUGAGAGAAUGAUGGUGUCUAAAGCAGCAGCAGAGCUGAUGGCGUACUGUGACGCCCACGCCAAAGAGGACCCACUGCUGACCCCCGUCCCCUCCGCAGAGAAUCCGUUCAGAGAGAAGAAAAUAUUCUGUGCCAUCAUCUGAGCCACACGCUGCCCUGCGGCUCCUGCCCCUGCCCCCGCCCCCGCCCCCUGAGGGCCCCCAGAGGGACUGU